CCCCACCCCGCGCUGGCCCCGCCCCCAGGCGCUCCCAGCACCCGGUGCGCGCGCCCUUCGGGAGGCGGGGCUGCUCAGGCUCACUGCCGGGCCUCGGCGGCUGCAUGCGCUCUCCGCUUCUAGGUCUGCGCCGGCUGGUCCUCUCCUGGUGUCUGGAUUCCCGGGCCCUGCUAAACAUUUACCGUUUUGGAGUUUAAAGGAUGACAUCAUGGCAAAAUUUCGAAGAAAGACUUGCUUCAUUUUGUCACUUUUUAUUCUACUUUUUUUCUCUCUGAUGAUGGGUUUAAAAAUGCUGAGACCAAAUCAAGCAGCUUUUGGAGAUCCUUUUGGACUUGACCUUCUUCCAGAAAUUCGGCAACAAACUCCUCAUUUGACGAAAGUUUUUGAUUCCCAAAAGAGUGACAAAAUCAACAGUGAAACCAACAUCAAGAACUUAAAAACUGAGGAAAUCACUGUGAAAGCUUCCGUAGCCUCUGAACCUCGUCCAGAAGAACUGCCACCUCUGAAUUAUUAUUUACAUGUAUUUUAUUACAGUUGGUAUGGAAAUCCACAAUUUGAUGGUAAAUACAUACAUUGGAACCAUCCAGUUCUCUCACACUGGGACCCUGGGAUAACCAAGAAAUACCCCAAAGGGAAGCACAACCCCCCUGAUGACAUUGGCUCCAGGUUUUAUCCUGAGUUGGGAAGUUACAGCUCUCGGGAUCCUUCUGUCAUUGAAACUCACAUGAAACAAAUGCACUCAGCUUCAAUUGGUGUACUAGCCCUAUCUUGGUACCCACCUGAUUUGAAUGAUGAGAAUGGAGAACCUACUGAUAACUUGGUACCAACUAUUUUGGAUAAAGCUCAUAAAUAUAAUCUGAAGGUCACUUUUCAUAUUGAACCAUAUAAGAAUCGAGAUGAUAAAAGCAUGUACCAAAAUGUCAAGUACAUUAUAGACAAAUAUGGAAAUCAUCCUGCCUUUUACAGGUACAAGACUAAGAACGGCAAUGCUCUUCCAAUGUUUUAUAUCUAUGAUUCCUAUAUCACAGCAUCUCAAAAAUGGGCCAAUCUGUUAACCAGCUCAGGGUCUCAGAGCAUUCGCAACUCUCCUUAUGAUGCAUUGUUUAUUGCACUUCUAGUAGAUAAAAAGCAUAGAUAUGGAAUUCUUCGAGGUGGUUUUGAUGGAAUUUACACAUACUUUGCCACAAAUGGCUUUACGUAUGGCUCAUCCUUUGAAAACUGGGCUAACAUAAAAUAUUUUUGUGAUCAGUUCGACCUAAUGUUCAUCCCAAGUGUGGGUCCAGGAUACAUAGAUACCAGCAUCCGACCGUGGAACUCUCAGAACACUCGUAACCGAGUCAACGGGAAAUAUUAUGAGACUGCUCUGAGAGCUGCACUCCAAGCCCAUCCCAGUAUAAUUUCCAUCACCUCUUUUAAUGAGUGGCAUGAAGGAACUCAGAUUGAAAGAGCUGUUCCCAAAAGAACCAGUAAUAUCGUGUACCUGGAUUACCGGCCUCAUAAACCAAGUCUUUAUCUAGAGCUAACUCGCAAGUGGUCUGAAAAAUACAGAAAGGAAAGAGCAAUUUAUGCAUUAGGUCACCAGGAACUUAGCACACAACCUGUUUCUUAAUGGAUUGAUUUAAGUUUAAUAAUUAUAGAAAUUACCUAAUUUCAGUACAUUCAUUUUGUUUUGAGUUAUGGGAAGAAAACUGUAAAAAUCAAUAUGUACUGUUACCAUUAUCUCUAAUAAAAAUAAUUUGUACAUUGUUAAGGAUAGUAAUAUCAUUGCCACCUUUCACAGUGUUACACUGAGAGAAAAGUUGUGCAAAUAAUAUUCCUUAUGGCAUAAAUUUGCUGAAUCUGUGACUGGAAUUGAAAUCUUGCUUUGAUAGCUGUUUUUAUUUCACAAUAGGCAGUUGCUUGUGUUUCAAAGAGUAGUUAGCACACAGUUAAUCCUACUAGUAUUCUGCACCCAAAGAAACAGAACUAUGUAUAUAUUUGAUAAUGUCUGUUCAAGAACAAAGAUGUAAAAGAUACAUGGUUCAUUUUUUAAUGAUCUAAUCAACUUUGUCCUAUUAGCAUUCAGACUCUGGAAAACAUUCCAAUAAUUCUUCAGAAGAAAAUAUGCCUUAAGCCUUACUGAGAUAAGGCCUGCUUUCUGUAACAUAAUAUAUAUCAUCAUAGGCAGAUUUCUGGUUUCCUAAACCUUGCUAGGUAUUUUGCAUGUCUAAUGUUUCUACUUUGUAAUGAUGAAUUCCAGACUUCAGAAGGAAAAUCUUUUCAUAAAGGCUUUUCAUAAAAGUUAAAAAUUGCUUCUCAGUUAUUGAAAAAACAUAGCUGAUUUACAAGUAUUAUGGAAAUACAAUGCCUAAAAUACUAUUUUUAGGCUAUCUUGUCAGUCUUUAACUUGUUGUUUUAUUAUUCAUGUUUUUAAAUUUAAUGUUAAUUAGAAUGAAUUGUUAAGAAAAGUUGAUACUAACAUUGGAUUGCCACCUUUUAAGUUUUUAAGCUAUUUUUACUAAAGCUAACAGAGAAAAUUUACUUAGCGUUUCAGAUUUUAAGGAUAUGGAAAUAAAAUUUCAUUCCUAAGUUUGACUUUUUAUUAGAUAUAACAUUUAAGAAUGGAAAUAUUUAAGAGACUUUAAAUUACUGUAUAUAAUAAUAUCCCCAUCUAAAAACAUUAUGCUUUUAUGUUACCUAAUAGGUUAAAGACUUGUGGUCUGCUGUCAUAUUGUGACAAAUUGACCAUCUGUAAAAAAUGAAUCUCUUUAAAAGCUAGAGAAUAAAAGACACUCUGUUAUUUUAGUUAAUAUUUUUAACUAGAACUAUAGAAAAAAAAAAACUAAUAUAUAUGCUCUUACAUGAAUAUUUUUUAGAUAUUUAUUCAAUGUUAGCAAUACAGAAUACACAUAGUCAGAAUAUAAGGACGUUCAUUCAGAAACAAAUAGUGGAAUUUGUUAUAAAUGUCAUUGUCUAAUGAGUUAUUUUUAAGCAGUGCUUUCAAAGCCAACUAGCAUGUCUUUGAAAAGAGGCAUGAUUAAUGUUACACUGAUUUAUAACUUGAGAAUUUGCCAUAUCUCAGAAUAUUCAGACCAUGGGAAAUUAGUACAUUAGUAAUUAGUAAAUUCACUUUCUAGAGGAAAUUACAAGAAUAACUCGCUAUAAUAUUAUAACCAUCUUCAUAGGCACACUCAUGCUGAUAUAACCUGUGGAUUUUUUUUUUGUUUUUAUUACACUCAGUUUGCCACUGUAUGUUUUCUUAGGGAUAAACUCUAAAUAUGUCAUACCUAAUAAUUUUUAUAACUUACUAUAUUUUAUUAAAGUUUAGUUAGAUAUCUACCACACAGGAAUUUUUGUCUUUGCUUAUGUUAUAUGCUUGAACCCAUAGUAACAGACAGUUUUAUGAAACAGUUCUGAGGUUAAGAGAAAGUAUGUAAAACAAAGUCAGCGAGUCCUCAGCACAGACACCACUUUCCUCUCCUGCUCUCAUUAUAGAUCUCGAUCAUCUAGGAUCGCAGACGCACCUCUGAGCUUUGCUGUGGUUCCCAACACACUACCCCAACCAGCCACUAACAGUCAGAUUUCAAAUUAAGAUAAGAUAGAUUCUGUCUUCAUUGCAGAAAAUUAAUUCUCAAGGGAAGAAUGUUUGGAAUCAGCUCUAAAGAUAGUUUACUAGUUUAUAAUUCUUUGAAUAUGUUUAUUUUCUUUUUUAAAAAAAGUUAUUUGAAAGAAUUAUCUCUAAUGAUUUUGUUAUCCUUAGGGAAGAACGCUUUCAAAAUCUUCCUCAGGUAUUCAUUACCAUUUAACUCACAACAAGUUUAGAUUGUAUAAUCACAAAAAUUAUUUGCUUUUAUUUAAUUCAAUAAACUAAAGGAACUAUUAAAAGGGAGAAGUAGUGUAAUAUAUAUAAUGCUUGGAUCAAAAUGAAUUAUUAUUAUUUUAAGGUUUAAUCAGGCUAAUUUUUUUGACUGUAUAAAAACCAAAUCUUUCUUUUAUUGCUCCCUUUUUAAGGACUGAUAUUGUAAAAAACUGCUGUUAUUAAUGUUGAUCUCAGUUCUAUAUUAAUUUUUUUGUUUUAAAAGUACAAUUUAAAAAUGACUAUUUUGUUGUGUAAAAUAGUUGACUUUCAUCUGAUAAGAGCAUGCACAGAAUAAAUUGUAUCUAAGAUAUAAAACUAUUUAUUUAUGAAAUGUUUAAUUUCUGAUUAACAGUUAAAAAGUAGUAUUCAGUCAGCACUCUAUAGCAUUUAAAAAGAAGACAUCUUUUUACUGUACAUACUUUUAAAAUCUGUGAACUUGUGUUAUACACAGAAAAAUAAAAAAACCAUUUCUCAAAUUUAAAAAUUUCCUAUUUUUUAUUCUUUGGGCAUAAUCGUAUUGCUCUGACAUCCUUUAGGAAACUGAUCUUUCCUGAACCAGCUCAGUUGGUAAAAAGUCUGCCUGUAAUGCAGGAGACACAGGUUUCAUCCCUGGAUUGGGAAGGUCCCCUGGAGGAGGAAACCCAUUCCAGUGUUCCAGUCCCAUUCCAGUGUUCUUGUCUGGAGAAUUGCAGGGACAGAGGAGCCUGAGUGACGAACACUUUCAGUUUCACUUUAAAACAUCAAAGCACCAAACCACUCCUCAGUCGCUGUGCUGGGCGGAGUCGCUCAGUCGUGUUGGACUCUGCAACCCUGUGGCCUGCAGCCCGCCAGGCUCCUCGGUCCAUGGGAUUCUCCAGGCAAGAACACUGGAGCGGGCUGCCAUGCCCUCCUCCAAGGGAACUUCCCAACCCAGGUCUCCCACAUUGCAGGUGGAUUCUUUACUGCCUGAGCCAUAACCAAACCUUUUUUGAAACUGACCAGACUUAUGAAAUUUAAACACCAUGGCUGCUCAUAAACUCUACAGUGCUUACAUGUGGAAGCAGUCCUUAAAAGUUUUUACCUAAAUUUUGAAUUAAGGGUGGACAGUUAUGUCCCCUAGUGUAGAAGCAAUAUUUUUUUUUUUUUACUACCAGCAAAAUUUCAGUUAUUUUUACAAAUAUUUACAAUUUCAAAAUGAAAAAUUGAACCAAAAAGAAUUUUUUGGCUCAGCUAUUUCUUUUUUUAAAAAAUGCACUUUAAAUUGUAUACUGAUUGUUAUAUAUCCACAUAAAGGCUAAAUAUUACUGUAUGCUUAAUAUAAGAUUACUGUCCUGGAGAAUUCAGGUACUACUUUGGCUUACUUACAGAGACACAUUCAUCCUUAGUCAAAUCAAAGAACUCAGACAUAGUGCUGUUAUGUUCCAACUAUCAGUGACGGGAAGAACAGUUUUCAAUGUGACUAGAUUUUGCUGUUGUUACAAUUACUAUUUAUGAAUCAAAAGACAGAAUAAUUUAAGACCUAAUAAGCAAGUAGUCACAGAUCUAAAAUUUAUUAAGCUCAAAACUUGUAGCACCUUUUAUAUUGUAUGUUCUAAACUUCAUCUAAGGUAGCCUAUAUAUUGAAUUUAUAUAACCAUAAAUGUAACCAUAAAGUUAAAAUGCCUUUUAGAGUCUAUCCCAUUGAAAUAAUUAUUUCACUAUACAAAAGAAUGAUGUACCACGGUAACAAUAAUUCUAUAUACAAUUCAUUUAUAGUUUAUGAUUGUAUCAUCAUGCUUUUGUGUUUUUGACUUUUUAAAAGAAUAGGUUAAAAAUCUGAACAACAGUCAAACCACACAAAGUGGCAGUCUUCAGCUACUUAACAGCAUUUAAAAUAAAUAUGUUAAUUAAAGAAUUAUGUUCAUGGAUAAAAGUAUUUUUGAGUCAGUUUUACAAAAGCCAUUUGAAAACACUAUAUAUCACCAUGUUAAUUUGAUUAUAGUAUCUAAAGUGACCUUUAUCCUGAUCUUGAAAAAUAUCAAAUUCAAAAGAGAAAAUACUUUAAAGGAAAUUCAGUUGUAAUACAUGCAAUACAUUUUAGAAACUUAUGUUUGAACAGAGUCACCUAAGAGUAGCUGCCAUACUUUUUCAGUGUAUGCACACUAAAUUUAUAUUUAUUGACCACCAUUCUAUAUAACGUUUUUUUAAUCACCCAUAUUAUCCAUAUGACAGACUCUUAAGCUAUUACUAUUAUGAUAGAGAAGUCCAAUCUGACAUCAUGUAAAAAGUCAACUGCAAAUCUGAUUGCUGAAUUCUUCCUUGAUAAUUUGCUGUUGUUAUAUUUAUUUAAAGUACAUUCUUGAAAAUUAUGUUCUUGGUUUUUCAGGUAUCGUGUAAGAACAAUAUGUAGUGACAGUCAUUCUAUGAACAGUAGUUGAAGUCAAAUUUUAUUUUUCUUCAUAUGAGUAUUAUGUGUUUGUAGCUUAAGGCUUAAUUUAAUUUGCAAAUAAAAUAUUCCAUUAACACAGUA